CAAAGACGACGCAAUCUGAAUCGCUCUGCAGACGGGCCGACACCAGGUGGUGAGGGUAGGUAACAACACCUCCCUCUACAACUGGAUCCUGGACUUCCAGAUGGGCCGACACCAGGUGGUGAGGGUAGGUAACAACACCUCCCUCUACACCUGGAUCCUGGACUUCCAGAUGGGCCGACACCAGGUGGUGAGGGUAGGUAACAACACCUCCCUCUACAACUGGAUCCUGGACUUCCAGACGGGCCGACACCAGGUGGCGAGGGUAGGUAACAACACCUCCCUCUACAACUGGAUCCUGGACUUCCAGACGGGCCGACACCAGGUGGUGAGGGUAGGUAACAACACCUCCCUCUACAACUGGAUCCUGGACUUCCAGAUGGGCCGACACCAGGUGGUGAGGGUAGGUAACAACACCUCCCUCUACAACUGGAUCCUGGACUUCCAGAUGGGCCGACACCAGGUGGUGAGGGUAGGUAACAACACCUCCCUCUACACCUGGAUCCUGGACUUCCAGAUGGGCCGACACCAGGUGGUGAGGGUAGGUAACAACACCUCCCUCUACAACUGGAUCCUGGACUUCCAGAUGGGCCGACACCAGGUGGUGGGGGUAGGUAACAACACCUCCCUCUACACCUGGAUCCUGGACUUCCAGAUGGGCCGACACCAGGUGGUGAGGGUAGGUAACAACACCUCCCUCUACAACUGGAUCCUGGACUUCCAGACGGGCCGACACCAGGUGGCGAGGGUAGGUAACAACACCUCCCUCUACAACUGGAUCCUGGACUUCCAGAUGGGCCGACACCAGGUGGCGAGGGUAGGUAACAACACCUCCCUCUACAACUGGAUCCUGGACUUCCAGACGGGCCGACACCAGGUGGUGAGGGUAGGUAACAACACCUCCCUCUACACCUGGAUACUGUACUUCAAGACGGGCCGACACCAGGUGGUGAGGGUAGGUAACAACACCUCCCUCUACAACUGGAUCCUGGACUUCCAGAUGGGCCGACACCAGGUGGUGAGGGUAGGUAACAACACCUCCCUCUACAACUGGAUCCUGGACUUCCAGACGGGCCGACACCAGGUGGCGAGGGUAGGUAACAACACCUCCCUCUACAACUGGAUCCUGGACUUCCAGAUGGGCCGACACCAGGUGGUGAGGGUAGGUAACAACACCUCCCUCUACAACUGGAUCCUGGACUUCCAGACGGGCCGACACCAGGUGGCGAGGGUAGGUAACAUCACCUCUGCCACACUGACCCUUGACAAAGGGGUGUCUCCUCGUUUACUCCCUGUUCACGCCACGCACGACUCCAACACCAUCAUCAAGUUGGCUGACAAAAGGACGGUGGUAGGCCUGAUCACCGGCAACGAUGAGACAGCCGGCAGGGAGGAGGUCAGUAGCCUGGCAGUGUGGUGCCAGAGCAACAACCCUUAAAGUCAGCAAGACUAACGAGUUGAUCAUGGACUACAAGAAACUACAAGAAAAGGAGGGCCGAAAAGGCCCCCAUUCACGGGGCUGAAGUGGAGCGGGUCGAGAGUUUCAGGUUCUUUGGUGUCCACAUCACCAACAAACUAUCAUGGUCCAAACACACCAAGACAGUCGUGAAGAGGGCACAACAACACCUUUUCCCCUCAGGAGGCUGGAAAUAUUUGGCAUGGGCCCCCAGAUCCUCAAAAAGUUCUACAGCUACACCAUCGAGAGCAUCCUGACCGGUUGCAUCACCGCCCGGUAUGGCAACUGCUCGGCAUCUGACUGUAAGGUGCAGAGGGUAGUGAGUACGGCCCAGUACAUCACUAGGGCCAAGCUUCCUGACAUCCAGAACCUCUAUACGAGACGGUGUAAGGCCCCAAAAAUGUUCAAAGG